AUGAAAUACAUGAAACUGCCAAUUCGGUCUAUUUUGUUGUCGAUAUUGUGGCAGGAGAGAUUAUUAUAAAGAGUGAGAGAAACACGUAUCAUCAAUCUCAAUGUUUAGGUUUCUUACCAGCUGAAACAUUGCAAAGAUCGUCCUAAAGCCUAUUAUUAGCUUUGAAUCAUCUGCAUUAAUUUAAUAUUGCGCAUAGAGAUCUAAAACCUGAAAAUCUACUUCUUAAAUCUGAUGAAAAUAAUUAUGAUAAUAUCUUAGGGGAUUUUGGUAUAGUAAUUCUAUGA